UAGGUUAAAAGAUUCGCCUUUGCAAUUACAAUCUCAAAUUCUACGGCCACUGGGCCACGCAUUUCACCUGCUUCGUUUUUUUAUUUUCUAUUUCUCCUUCUCUCUCUUUCUGAUGUUACGUUUACGCCCGUUUCAUGGUUCAUUUAAAACUCUCGUACCUUCCCAAAGCCAGAAAAGCUGAGUUUACAUCUGAAAGAGAAGAAAAUUCCUCUCCUCUCACCUUUCUUCUCCCAUCGUCCCGUAUCGUGUCGUCUCCGCCAAUGAAGAAGAAAGCGGAAUGCACCACCGCUGUUAAAUCCCAUCCUAGCAGAUGACGAUAUACCCUCUUCAUUUCGUUGCCAUUUCCGUCAUUUUUAUCGCCUUCUUCUUAUUUUCAUCUGUAACCGAUUGCCUUGGUUCAGCCUCCACCGUUGCCAUUAGCUAUGGUUCCCGUACGAUUUGCGGCAUCGUCUCUGGAGAACCCACGCAGAGAAUACAGUGCUUUAGUGGAGGCCGAACUGUUUCGGUCCAGCCGAAUAUAUCUUAUACGGCCAUCUCCGGCGGCCGCAAUUUCUUUUGCGGGCUGAGGUCCGGAGGAAACAGUUUGCUCUGCUGGGACACGGGUUUUGUACCCAAACGAAUCUAUUACAACGAUACGUUGAAGUUGAAGGAUCUGGCGGUGGGCGAUGGCCACGUCUGUGCGUUGGUGAAUGGGACUGGAGUUGCAAGGUGCUGGAGAGGGGAGAGGUAUGCCUUUCCCGAGCCAGAUAKAAGUGAGAAUUUUCUGUCCAUUACAUCGGGAAGAGGGUUUUCUUGUGGGAUUUUGAACGAGAAUGGUACAAUUAGGUGUUGGGGUACCAGUCCAAUUUGGAAGGAGAUACAGAGCCAAUUCGGAAAUGCCUCUGUGCUCAGCUUAGUUGCUGGCGAUUCUCAUGUUUGCGGUAUAGAUUCUAGUGGUUUUUUGAUUUGUAAAGGGAGAAACAAUUCUGGGCAGUUGAAUGUUCCCUCAAAUUUGCCUUUUGAGUACUCGAGUCUGGCACUAGGAUUGAAUCAUAGCUGCGCGCUUCGACGGAAUGGGUCGGUCGUUUGUUGGGGAGGAGGGGGAAAAUUUUCUGACAAUGUCACGGAGGGUGUUUCCUUCGAGCUGAUUGUCGCUGGUACGGAGUUUACUUGUGGGUUGAUGACAAGAAAUUUUUCUCUGUUUUGCUGGGGACCUGGAAUUGGAUUGCUUACUUACGGAUAUAACUCGUCGUCUAUGAAUCUCCCGUUGCCUAAGGUUAUUCCGGGGCCUUGUGUUCAAGAUUCAUGUAGCGGCUCUUGUAUGUAUGCUGAUUCGCAGACUCUUUGUUCCGGUUUUGGUAAUAUAUGUAAGCGAUGCAAUGUCCCAAUUCUGCCACCGCCCCCGCCCCCGCCACCACCAUCACUACUGCUGCCGCCAAAAUCGCCGUCAAAAAAGACAGGCAAGGGUUUGUUGGCUUUUGCUGUUAUCGGAUCAAUUGGGAUGUUUUCAGGUGUCUGUACCCUCAUCUACUGCUUGUGGGCUGGAAUAUGCUGUUGCAGGCAAAAGAAAGUCCAUAAUUCUGUUCAGCCCACUCUUACCGGAGGCAAUGCUAAUGCUGGUCCCACAGCAAGCAGUGGUCCUUUUAGUUCUGUGUCGAGAUCGUCCACCAUCAGACGCCAGAGCUCCCGAGCAAUGAGGCGCCAAAGGAGUGGGACCUCAUCGAAGCACGCGGACAAGGCUGAGGAAUUCGCCUUAUCGGAACUCGCCGCUGCCACCAACGACUUCUCGCCGGAGAACAAGAUUGGGGCCGGUAGUUUCGGGGUAGUUUACAGGGGCAAGCUUGCUGACGGACGUGAGGUGGCGAUAAAAAGGGGAGAGACUGGUCCUAGGGCGAAGAAAUUCCAAGAGAAAGAAAGCGCAUUCGAUUCAGAAGUAGCCUUCUUAUCCCGUCUUCACCACAAGCAUUUAGUCAGGCUUGUGGGUUUCUGCGAAGAAAGAGACGAAAGACUUUUAGUGUAUGAAUACAUGAAGAAUGGGGCCCUUUACGAUCAUCUGCAUUCCAAGGGAAAUGUAGAAAAGAGCAGCAGCGUCGUGAACUCUUGGAAGAUGAGGAUCAAAAUCGCACUAGACGCGGCAAGGGGGAUCGAGUAUCUUCACGACUACGCUGUUCCGCCGAUAAUUCACAGAGACAUCAAGUCAUCAAACAUUUUGCUGGACUCUAACUGGAUAGCGAGGGUGUCAGAUUUCGGGUUGUCGUUAAUGGGGCCAGAACCCAACGGGGAGUACACGACGACGAAGGCAGCAGGGACAGUUGGGUAUAUGGAUCCGGAGUAUUACAGCCUAAAUGUGUUGACAGCCAAGAGCGAUGUGUACGGGUUAGGAGUGGUGCUGCUGGAGCUCUUGACAGGGAGAAGGGCGAUAUUCAAGGACGACGAAGAAGAAGGAGCACCAACAAGCGUGGUGGAGUAUGCGGUGCCGAAGAUUGAAGCAGGAGAGCUGAUGAAGGUGUUGGAUGAGAGGGUGGGGUUGACGGAGCCCAGGGAGGCGGAGGCAGUAGAGCUGAUGGCUCGCGUGGCGGUGAAGUGUGUGAGCUUAGAAGGAAAGGAGAGGCCCACCAUGGCGGACAUUGUGGCCAAUUUGGAAAUUGCAUUGAGCCAUUUUGAUCACAGUAAUGGUAGCCAUGGAAGCAUCUCUAGUACCUUCUCAAUUGUUUCCGAAUGAAAUAAAAGGCUAAGUUGUUUACAAUUUUGAUUCAUUGUUAUACAACAGUCUGUUUAAAUCUUCUAUUUAAUUUUUGGGUUAAUUUUAUUCUUUUGAUUUAGUUUGGCUUUUACAUGUAAGGUGAUCGAGAACCAGAGAGAGAGAGAGAGAGAGAGAGAGAGAAGUUGUAAAGAACAGGCUGAACAGCCAAGCUCACAUGAGCAGGAGGGAAGGGGAAGAAGCGCCAAAGGGAAAAAAAGUAACGUGACGUUAGUUAGUGAAUGAUUUGUUAUGUUGGCUCCUUUUCUCGUUGGAAAAGGGAAAAGAAGAAUAGAAGAAGAAAGAAGGAUGACUACUUCUUGCCUGCU